AUGGCGCACCUAGGUCAAAAUGAGCACACCAUCGCAAAGCGCUCAAACCUAGACGAUGCAUUCGCAAGGCUGCACAAAGUCUCUGGAGAGGUGAAGAUCCUCCGUCGAUUUGCCGGAAAACGGCAACCGGGACUCGUCUCUAACGCGGUUCGCAUCAUGAGCACUGAACAGCCCGAGGGACCAUUCCAAGAUUACCAGAAAUUCCUGCAUGACAUACUCAAGGGAGAAUCUGGACGCAGCAUGGUCACAUUGUGCUCUGGCAGCCUAGGGAAAUCUCGAGUUGUUGGUCUGGGCCCAGGGGGCAGGACAGCUUUGGUGAAGUACAUCACCGAUAACAGAAGUCGUUUGGAUUGCGAAACGCUAUCAUCUUUGGCUUCUCUGUACAAGGUUCCAAGCGCCGCAGAGUUGUCGCUUGAAGAUACUCAAAUAUCCGAUAACAACAUCACUGAAGGCGACCGAUUUCAGGUUGACGAAAGCCAGCCAAGACGAACGUCCGUAUCCUUUGGUUCGCGAGCCGAUUCAACAUCUCACAACCCAAACAAGGAUUCUUCCUUCAUCGCGGAAACCCAUCUUCACGACCAAAACCGCAAGAAUUCUAAAGGUCCUACCACUGUACCCCUCAACCUCGCGGCGAUUGAAGUUCUACAAGACGUUGUCAAAGAAGGGCAUGGUGACCGACUACAGAUCGUUUUCCCUGACCCGUUUGUCCAGCAGCCGUUCAUGCGCAUUCCACUAGAGAUAGCGAGUAAGAUUAUGCAAAAGUAUACGGUACAAACAGCUUAA